UUCAGCUGUCAAGUUUGUUUCAGUUUGUUUGAAUGCUUUCGUGCUGUGACAAACAAUAUCCAGGAAUAAGAGCAAAGAUUUUACGAUGAGAAGAAGCCACGCGAAAUCUCAUUGGGGCGAAUGCCCAGAAACACAUGAUUCAAAAUACGAAGUUCAUGAUGUUUUUUCGAUAUAUCCGCCGGAAAAACGCUUUAAAAUCGAGAUGCUUGGUGCGAUUGAUGAGCCGCGUCGGGAAAAAACCGUUCAAAUCGAAAACCACCUCGUAACGCAAACUGUGGAAUUGAUGAAUCACACCAAUCGUAUCAAAUCCAUGAUUGAAAUGUACAAUGAAGAAAUGGUGUAUAUGACUAAUCAACGCCAAGUCUUACCAACAAUCACCCUCUCGGCUGAUACAAAAGCGUGCCUAGAAGAACUGGAUCAACCAAUUAUAUCACCAUUUGAAUCAACUCCAGAGCCUUCGGAUUUCACAGAGGGCAAACCAAAAUCCAUAACGCAAAUAAAUAAGCCAGUUGUGAUGGAUGUUAUCGGCAAAGCGUUGACGGGACUUUUGCGUGUCAAAGGUUUCGAUUAUUGCACGGAGAGCGGUUUGCAAAUGUUCAACGAUGCUGUCGAAGAGUUUUACAGGUGUUUGUUAGAAAAAACCAACCAAGUGGUCGCGGCCGAUGGAAAGGAUGUCAACAAAAAGAUUGAUAUAGAUUCACUUGAAAAGGCUUACAAAACAGUUUCGAAUACUUCACUUUUGAACCUUCAUAACUAUUAUAAAAAUGAAAUUAUCAAUCGCAAUCGGUCCGAAAUCAUCCGAUUCAAAAGCACCCAAUUGGAGUAUGAAAAAUUGGUUGAAGAGAGCGAACAGAUACAAAAAAUUAACUUGAAAGAGGAGUACAUGAACAUGAUGAACAAUAUGUCGAAAAACAAUUUAUCUCCAUCCAGCUCCAAUGCGAAUGAUAGUGAUGCAUCCAGUUUCAGUUUCAAAGACAGCAAUAUGUCAUAUGACAUGAAACAACAUUCGGACGAAAAUACCAAUUUAUCAUUCUCAAUGAGCCAGUAAUUAAUAAGAAAGCAAAAUCAAAAUAAAACGAAGUGAAAACACACACGCAAAUUGUUCGGAAAUAAACAAAAUUUCAUUCCAAAUAAAUAAACAUAGAAAGAGAGGAAUUAGAAAGAGAGCACUAUACGUGUGACAUUUGAGCUGUGUUAUCGAUGUGUAUAGAGCAAAUAAAUGAAUCCAACCCUGUCAAUAGUAAAUACCAAACGUAGUUUAUUUCUCUGUUUGUGUGUGUACAAUUGCGAGCGGCACAUAAAACACCCAUUUAAAUGUCAAAGUAAUACUCACACACACAAACGCAACACGCUCACACAAGAAUGAUAAUGUAAUCUAUGUGUUAGGGAAGUGAACAAAGUAGCGAAUACUAUGGACUAUGAUUCGAAAGGUCUGUCUCUUCAUCCUAUACCAAUGUACCGUUGAUGCGAGUCGAUUCGUCGCUUGUAGUACGUACACACAACAAACAAACCGAGCGCACGGCAUUUCAUUCAUAAUAAUCAUUGCUUUUGCACACAUCAACGCGGCUGAAUAGUAAACGUCAUUUUGUUUGUAUUACUCGCAUUUAAUUCCUUUAUUCACGGGUUUUCUUAUUUUCGAUUAUUUCUGUGUAUGUGACGAACAGAAGCGACAGCAGCAGCGUCCUAACCCGUAAUAUAUAUAGUACAUAAACAAUCUCAUAUUGUUGAUUCACUCUUCUGAACGGCUGCACGGCUGGGAGAAAAUCACAAUUUUAUAAACCGUAAAUUGAGCUACUGAUAUCAAUUUGUUUUUGUGAAAUCAAAAAUUUCACUUUCGACUUUAAAUAUUGAAAUAAAUUUUAAAUUAUUCAAAUGUGAAAGCAAAAGUGACUGCAUCUAUUGUGCUUAUGCUCGUUGUGUAUCGAGUGAGGUGAUUUAACAGGGAGCCUAAUUAGCAAUUCAUACUCCCAAAAAAAAUAUUGUCAUUUCAAUCGUCGAAAUUAAUGGUCUCAAAAUAUUCAUUGAAAUUUAUUCUGUCCAGUGUUGAUCGUUCAUUUGGCUGUUGUGACGAAGAGAAAUAAAUUGUCAAAUUAAAAUCGGA